GAUUUUUAGCAUUAUUUAUUUAGCGUUUCAGCAGGCAACUUAUCUUAGCAGCUGUUCAAAAUGAAGUACGCCGUAUUGAUUUAUCUGCUCUUCCCAGUGCUUGGCAUCGCGCUGACCGUAAAGAAUCCUAUUUGUGCACAGCGGCCAGCUGAUCCGGGCUCUGCACUUAUUGGAGAUCCAUCGUGCUUUACAUACAUAUCCAGAUGGACCUAUUAUAAUUUUGCGAAUGAGUGCAAGAGAUUCCUUUAUGGGGGAUGCAAAGGCAAUGAUAAUCGUUUUAAGUCUCGAAAAAAGUGCGAGGCAAUGUGCUUGGUUUAAGCAUUUAUAAAAUAUACAACUCUGUGAGAGAAAAUGUAA